UUGUUCCCAGAGGCAGUUGGCGGAAGAGACCGCCCUCCCUUGCCACCGGCUCUUACCUUGCGUCCGGAGUUCUCGCCGCCUGCGUUUGGCCGUCCGCCCUCGGCCGGGGAUCUGUGUGUCGGCGUAGCGGUUGCUGUCCCUCGCCCGGCUGGGGCUCAGUGCGGUGGGCUUCCUGCCCCUACGGCCUUCCAUGGAGUAGGUCCGGGACCGUUGUCCCGAAGAGCGCGAUCGAGCUUGGCCCCCCUCCCCCGCCCUCCUCCCGCCCUCCUUCCUGACGCCGCAACAUGGCUAACAACUGCCCGGCGCUGACAGGCAACUCGCAGCCGCAGCACCAGGCGGCCGCAGCCGUAGCCCAGCAGCAGCAGCAGCAGUGUGGCGGUGGCGCCACCAAGCCGGCGGUGUCGGGCAAGCAGGGCAACGUGCUACCGCUGUGGGGCAACGAGAAGACCAUGAACCUCAACCCCAUGAUCCUCACCAACAUCCUGUCGUCGCCUUACUUCAAAGUGCAGCUCUACGAGCUCAAGACCUACCACGAGGUGGUGGACGAGAUCUACUUUAAGGUCACACAUGUUGAGCCAUGGGAGAAAGGAAGCAGGAAAACGGCUGGCCAGACGGGGAUGUGCGGAGGGGUUCGAGGUGUUGGAACAGGAGGAAUUGUUUCCACAGCUUUUUGCCUGUUAUAUAAACUCUUUACCCUGAAGUUAACUCGAAAGCAAGUGAUGGGUCUCAUAACACAUACAGACUCUCCAUAUAUUAGAGCCCUUGGAUUUAUGUAUAUAAGGUAUACACAACCCCCUACAGAUCUGUGGGACUGGUUUGAAUCCUUCCUUGAUGAUGAAGAGGUUUGGGACUGACAAUAGCUGACUAACAUGUCCUGAGCUGUGAGAGGGCAUAGCAAGAAGGCCUUCAUGCGGACCUAGAUGUGAAGGCCGGUGGAGGCUGUGUAAUGACCAUUGGAGAAAUGCUUCGUUCUUUUCUCACAAAACUUGAGUGGUUUUCUACCUUGUUUCCAAGAAUUCCAGUUCCAGUUCAGAAGAAUAUUGAUCAGCAAAUUAAAACUCGACCUAGGAAAAUCAAGAAAGAUGGAAAGGAAGGUGUUGAGGAAAUAGACAGACAUGUUGAGCGCAGGCGGUCAAGAUCUCCAAGGAGAUCACUGAGUCCACCACGGAGGUCCCCAAGAAGAUCAAGGAGUAGAAGUCAUCAUCGAGAGGGCCAUGGAUCUUCUAGUUUUGACAGAGAAUUAGAACGAGAGAAAGAACGCCAGCGACUAGAGCGUGAAGCCAAAGAAAGAGAGAAAGAAAGGCGACGAUCCCGGAGCAUUGAUAGGGGCUUAGAUCGCAGGCACAGCCGGAGUAGGGAGAGACACAGAAGUCGCAGUCGAAGUCGUGAUAGGAAAGGGGACAGAAGAGACAGGGAUCGGGAAAGAGAGAAAGAAAAUGAGAGAGGACGAAGACGGGAUCGAGAUUAUGAUAAGGAGAGAGGCAAUGACCGAGAAAAGGAGAGAGAGCGAUCAAGAGAGCGAUCCAAGGAGCAGAGGAGGGGUGAGGGAGAGGAGAAGAAACACAAAGAAGACAAAGAGGACAGGAGGCACCGAGACGAGAAGAAGGAGCCCAAGAAGGAGAAGAAGCACAGCAGGAGCAGGAGCAGGGAGAGGAAGCACCGCAGCAGGAGCAGGAGCAGGAACGCAGGGAAGCGGAGCAGGAGCAGGAGCAGAGACAAGUCCAGCAAGCACAGAAACGAAAGCAAAGAGAAGGUCAAUAAGAGAAGUAGAAGCGGCAGCCAAGGAAGAACAGAUGGCCCGGAGAAGUCUAGAAAACGAGAGCAUAGCCCCAGCAAAGAAAAACCUAGAAAGCGUAGCAGGAGCAAGGAACGUUCCCACAAACGAGAUCAUGGUGAUAGUAAGGACCAGUCAGACAAACAAGACCAUCAGAGGAGCCAAAGCGCAGAGCCAGAGAGCCAAGAGAAGCAUAAAAACAAAGACGAGACUGUGUGAAGAUUUUGUAAAAUUGGAUCACAUUGAAUCCUAUACAUGUUGAUUAAAUCUGCUUUUUUUUUCCCCCCAAGUUGAAGUUGUGCAGUAGUUACGCACUCUUUGAGCUCCCUGUAGGCUGCAUUUUAUUUCUUUUGUGUAGGGAAGUGCCUUUGUAUCCCAUUUAUUGCAUUGAUGUUUUUAUCCGGUUGUUGAGUUGAUACAUGAUGCACAGAUUGUUCUUGCAUUUUUAUUGUUUGUUUUUAAGAUGUACAGUCUGUACAUAUGUCCUGAAAUGUUUUAAUUCCUUGGCAUGGUUGCCACGUUGGUUAAAUUUGUAUAAGGCAAUAAACUGCCACUGAUUCUAUUUUUGUUUUGUAGGUGUGGGAUUAUGGUUGUGUACUGAAGUUAGCAUGACUGUGCUUUUCGUAAUAGAAUGCUAAAGACUUUGGAAAUGGAUCUUGAAUGUUUACUAUAGGAGAAUUAAGUGCUUUCAAUGUACAUGAAGGCAGCAGUUGUAGGAUUAACAUUCUUGUCCUGUAUAUUACCUUGGAAGGCUCUUGUUAAUAUGUUAUACUUAAUAUCACCACAGUUAACUUUAGAGAGAAUUUUAUAAGAGGUUUAAAUUAGGCUGUGAUUUGAUCAAAAGUCCUUUUAGCAUUCUACCUCAAAGGGACACUGUUAGUAUGCCUAAAAUUUAUUAGUUUUCCUUUUCGUUUUGAAACAAUACAUUGACAUAAUCUUUUUUUUCCCCUUGAAUACCUUCUCAGACGUUGAAAGUACUAUAUUAAAGAAAAUUAAUGUGUAAAGCCAAGCCUUGCAGCAGCCCUAUACUAAUAUGCAGUUGGGAGAGGGUGGGGCACGGGAAUAGAGAAGCAUAUUCAAGCCUCAAGCUUCCAAAGCAUUUUUAUAAAUGGAGAAUACUUAAGUUAUGAAACAGCUUGAUAUAGUAUCCUUUUUUUAAAAUUCAAAACUUUUUUUAUUGAUAAUGAAGAUUGCUGUUUGAGUUUUUAAACUUAAUCUAGGACAGAAGUAUUAAAGGUAAUGCUGUGCUGCGUUAUUUAAGACUAUCAGCAAAUUAUUUGAUAGAUUGUUCUUAAUGACUUGUAUUCUGAUUACAGAGAACCAUCAUGAGUGUGGAAUAAAUACUGGAUUAAAUCCUU